CCGAGGUCCCCAACUUAACUGCUACAUCGCUUUGCAAUCGCUUUGUCCGCCUGAUCUACAGCUCUCAUGAUCACGAUUAUGCAUCCAAUUCCUCGCCAGCCCAUAAUAGUCUCUCACGUUUCUCGUAGCAAUCUAAAUAACGAACGAUGCACGAUGCGUGGGUGCGACGUGAAAGAAAAGGCUCGACAGUACGGUGAUCGCGGAGAAUGACUGGUUUGGGACGCAUUUCUGUCCCGUCUGCCUCGGUCGAAAAGGCUGUUGGACUGAAUGCGCUGACACAACUGCCAAGAUGGCCACUCCCUCGGUGUUGCACGGGCUGCCCGAGUGGCGUCGAACAUGCCGGACCGCGAAAUUGCGCGUAUAAAAGAGAGCCUCGUACCCCAGAGACAAUCCAACGACUACACCCAGUCGCUCUGGGUUCUUCCACCACUCAAUCUCACCCAGGAUCUGCAAUGCGCUUCACCGCCACCUCCUUCGCUGCUUUGGCCGCUGCGCUCGUCGCCGGCGUCUCGGCGUCUCCCGUCGCGGAGAAGGACUGGAAAUACACUCUCGGGUGGAACGGCACCAUCCUCGACCCGCUGGCCAUCGGCAUCCCCCAGGACGGCACCAGCGCGCGCUCCCUCGAGGCCCGCACCCCCGGCGGCGUGUUCAUCUGCACCAACAUCAACUUCAGCGGCACCUGCGGCUACGCGGUGCAGCCUCUCGGCGUGUGCAUCACGCUCACCUCGCCGUGGUACCGCACCAUCUCGAGCUUCGGCCCGGACCCCGGCGCCACCUGCUUUGCGUACAGCCAGAACAGCUGCGCCGAGGCGCAGUGGGAGUUCACGUACCCCGGUGAUGGGACUGGAGGUCUGGGAACCAACGACCCCUGGAACGACCAGAUCACCAACUUUAUGUGCGAGUGAGGGAUUUUGAUGCCAAUGCUCUCGUAAACAAGUUUUGUAAACCAGUCGUCUGUAACCAGGUCAAAUGUGAAAGAAAACCUAUUCGGUCGUUUCCGAGGGCAUUUUGGAAUUGGCUAGCAUAGAAGAAAGAAAUUUGUGUACAAUUUCACUGAUAAAUGUGCCUCAAACCGUGCGAAUGAAUCACGUGUCAGAUGAGUACUCUGCGUCCGUCCCAUCACAUCAGUGACUCCCAAUUCCCGG